UUUUUCAUAAUUUUCCGCCAUUUUUUUUUUUUAUUUGUGAAAUUAUUUAAUGUUACGCCAUUGAAAUCGCGCGAUCGUCCUUUCUUCGUGGGUCGACGCGGGAGGACGGUUGGCAUCGACAUCGCUCUUGAUUAUUUAAAAUUUUAUUGUUGAAAUAUUUUGUUAUAAACGCUGAAUUGUUGCAAAAUGUCGAUAUAAUACUCCUAUUAUCGAAUUGAAACCAUCGCAGACCCGAUUGCAGCGUCUGAGAAUAUUUCACAGUGAGCAAGCGAGAGCCGUAUGGAAAGGAUUGAAUCUACGAAGUAGCUUCUAGAUAGCAGUGAAUUUAGAAGAGAAAAUUGAAUUUUGGCAGAGCCGUCGACCCCACAGCUCUGACGUAUUUUUGAAAGUGAUAGUGUGUGGUGUGGUGCAGUGUGCAGAGACUUCAACGUGGAAGGAACUUUUUACAAUGCGUAGUGUGGUGCAGUGUGUAGAGACUUCAACGUAGAAGGAACUUUUUAUAACUAUUGGGAUACCGGAGAUGGAAAAAAUGGGACUUGCGAGGUAGCUGAGAUGGCAGUGAAUCCAGAAGAAGAAAAUCAACUUCGGCAGAGUCAGUGAGUCGCAUGCUUUGAUUUUGCUAUCUAUCUUUCAUCUAACUUUUCUAUCCUGUGGCAUGGCGGUACCAAUGUUCACCAUUGUUUGUGUCAUUUAUUAAUUUAAUGUAUAUUUCAAGCUCUUAAAAUAAUUUGUCAAUUCCUUAAAAAAUUAGAAGUUCGAUGUAUUUUAACAGUUAUUACUUGACGAAAAAAUUUAGUGAAAAUGUUGAUCUACUUCAUAUAUUAUUCUAACUGAUGAUUGCAGUAUUGUUUUAAUAAAAAUCAUGAUCAACAUAUUUUAAUAUUCCAUUCAUAACUUGAAAGUCGCUUCAAAAUUAGCAUUAUACUUUGGACAGGAUGUAUUAAUCCGUUCUUUCCCUACAGUGACACUCAACGAAGUAAGUUCCGAACCCCGUUGUAUGAUUGAUGCGUAUAGAGUGAGUGUGUUGGUGAGAAUGCGUUUCGUAAUUAAAUAUAGGUGGUAUAGGUAGGAUUGGGUAGGCCGGGUGUCGAAUGUGGGUUGAACUGAAUGUGCGCUAUUAUUAAUAAGAACCCGGAGUUGAGACUGACUUGCGAACGUUUGGCUCAACUCCGAGGUUUGAUCAGAUCGGUCCGUCGAGUUAUGGGGGUGAUUAAGAACAGGGGUAGGAAGGAGUCGCGAACGGAUAGGCAGGUAGUUUUUAAGCGCGUGCGUUUUUUCGUUUCACAGCGUCCUACAAUCGCACAGAUAUUUAGCACAAUUUGUUUUCAUUCAUAUCAUUUGUUCCCAAUUUGUUCAGCAAUAAACUCAUCUCGAUGAGAUCCUUAUAAUUCUUGAAAAUCAAGUUUUUCCUCUUGUCUUUAAAAUAGAGAAUAAAGCCAAGCGAUUGUUCGACUGGGCAACACGCUCCCCCUCGUCUCUGUGCUAACGGGGAGUACAGGGUCGAGGAGGGAUGCUGCGCCUGAAGCCAUCGUAUUGAAGAGGAUCGCCGACCGCCAUGCCACCAAUUAUCUUUGUCUCUACUUUUUCCUUUUCCCUUUCUAUCUUUUUCAAUAAUUUUUUUUUUUUUUCAAUGCUCUUUUCUUAUCGCUUUACGCAUGUGUUUGGUAGUUGAGAGUCUCGCAGCUCGUUUGCAAUUAGAGCUCGGACUCGAAACUUUGUAUUAUCCGUUGACACGUACUCAUAUCAUAUUGCCAAAUGUUUCAGGACUUCCAGUGAGAGGAUUUAGCCUACCAGAGAUCUCCAAUUAGAAAAUACUUAUUCCCACGAAUAUCUAAAAUUAAUCUGAUCUGCUGUGUGUUGCAGGUCUCCCAGUGAGCGGGGUCUUUUGUCGGUAAAGUCCUCGGAUAAGUCGAAUUUUUUCCCUCAUUAUUAAUUCCUUACUAAUCUGAUCUGCUGUGGGUUUCAGGUCACCGCAGAUAGCGAGGUGUUCCUUUGCGAACACCUCGGGAGGCAUGGAUAUUUGUAGAGCAGUGUUUCUGUUGUAAUCGGAAAUACCGAAAUGUUCCAGGGCUUCGAACUGAUCGAACAGUCUCUUACUAAUUUAGUAAGACGAUUGGAACGACGAUGGAAGAUCUGCUACAGAAGCUGAUGACCAACCGCCAAUGCUGUAGAACGCAGUAACUACAUAUAGAGGGGUGGAAGUGACAAAGUUAGAGAGAAAAAAUCCUUAAAGACAGAAAAAAAGGAUCUUGCACUCUUCAGACGUGUGCGGGGGACAUUUCAGUGAUAGAAAAUGAGCUGAAAACUGGAAAUAACAAUGAUAAAAACAAGUCCCACGGCCUCAUCGGCCGUUUUUCUAUUCAAUCUUCUAUUUCUGCACACUCUCAACGCAGCAUCUGUGCCAAUUGUCAAACCUUAUCCGAGGCUUGAAGACCUUCCGAAAAAUUUAUGGCACGAACUGAGCUCUCCCUUCACCGAGGUAUACGAAGAGGAGAGUAUUGCUACGGAAAUAGGCGCCACUCCAGAACCCCGCCCAUUUUUCGAAGAUGCUGACAGCAACAUAACCGCUCAGUUGGGUACAAAUGUUCACAUGCAUUGCAGAGUUCACGAUUUGAGAGACGGAACGGUCUCAUGGGUACGAAAACGUGGCGAGGAAUUGCACCUCUUAACUUUCAAGACAUUCACUUAUUCGAACGACGCUCGAUUGUCGCUCGAUUAUCAGGCUCCUAAUGACUGGAGACUUCUUCUUCGUUAUGUGACCGAACUUGACGCUGGAGUUUACGAAUGUCAAGUGACAGCGCAUCCGCCUCUGAUCAGGGUCGUUUAUCUCACCGUUUCCGUGCCGAAGGUGGAGAUAGUCGAUGAACGUGGAGCAACGGCGGGUGAUAAAUUUUACAAAGCCGGAAGUACGAUAGAGUUGAAAUGCGUGGUCAGUAAAGUUCCGCAUCCCUCGGGAUACGUCACUUGGCGACACGGCGCUCGCAUGUUAAACUACGAUACGACAAGAGGAGGGAUCAGCGUUAAAACUGACAUGGGGGCGGAAGGCGCAGUUUCGAGACUCUACAUAGCGAACGCCAAUAAAAAAGAUAGCGGCAACUACAGCUGUUCGUUAGCCGACGUGGCUGCGACGACCGUUUCCGUACACGUGUUGAACGGUGAAAAUCCGGCGGCCAUGCAGCACGGAGGAAGCGCUGGACUUCGUUCAGCCUUUGCCCUGAUCAUCGCGCUUUCCAUAACGUCACUUUUGAGGUGACCACGUGGCCCGGGAAUAUUAAUUAACUAUAAUAAUUAUUACAAUUAAUUUUACGGUAUGUUAUUUUAAUAUAAUGGUGCUAAACCUACACUUUUAAUUAUAAAAAUUGUGCAAGAUAAAAACUGAAGAAGAUAAAUAAAAAAUAUUUCAGCGACGACACGGUCCUGAAAUCGUUAUGACGACGACGACGACGGUGAUGAUGAUGAUGAUGAUGAAGAUGAAGACGAAGUGCGAGGCAAGUUUCAGGUAAUUUGCACACAAUAACUCUAACGUUAAUAAUAACAAUAACUAAGUAAAUAAUAAUCCACGCGACGGUUGAUGCACGUUGAGUAAAAGAAAAUUGAAAAAUAUGAAAAAUUUUGUACAAAGCUUAUAAUAAAACGUAAACCCCGUUGCAACGCGAGGAGAAAAAAGAAUUAUUAAACGUAAAAAGCGGAGAAAGAAAUGGCUGGAGAAAAUAACUGUGGCGUAAUAAGAAAAAUAAAAUUAAACAAAACGCGAUGACUAUGGAGACAAUGCUCGAAUAGGGUGUAAUUAUUUUUCCCCUAGUUUUCUCAUCGUUAUACUCUUUAUGCGAAUAUAAAAAUAGACGUAUGUCGUACACCUUUGAUAUGGGUGUAAUAAAUUAUAUUGAAAUUAAUGAGGUAACGAUAUCGAGUAGCAGAUGCGAUGAGUGAGGAAGGUACGAUUCUUAAUAAUUGAUAUCUGCUAUCCUAGGGUGGGAAAAAAACACAUAUAAUUACGAUUGCAGAAAAAGAACAACAACUAUAACAACAGUAAUAAUAAUAUUCGUAAUAGUGAUGUUAUAACAAUCUGAUAACACAUAAUAAUUCUUAAUGAUCUCGAUAUCAGAGUUAUACUGUAUAAAAGCAAGAGAUCACGCGGUAUACUGAAAUUUCACGUGUAAUGAUAGAGAUUCCUAUAAAGAGAGGAGAAAAAAGAAAAAAGAGAAAAGAGUAAAAAGAAAUCGACGAACUUCAGCAAGUCCGUAUAAUAAUUAUUACACCGGUGUAGAUAACAUUUGGAUUGUUUUUUUUUUUUUUUUUCAAAUUUUUUAUUCACAGAUCGUAUAAAUGUACAGUACAUAUGAAAAAAUUCAUUAUGUUUGAUAAAAUUUACGAACUAGAUGUGUUUUAAAUUAUAUAUAAUAUAGAUAUAACUAUCGGUAAUCAUAGUAGUGUAAUUGUACAUUUCAUAUCGUUUGUAAGAACGGUCAAUAAUCUGAUAUCCAUCAAGUUAAACAAAAAAGAAAGAAAAAAAAAAAAUACAAACUGUUGUAAACUAUACAUAUAAUAUAUUAACCAUGUACAGUACCAUGCUUCGAAAUAUUCGUAGUUCUCGUUUCACGAGCGAGCCCGAGCUCUGCUGGAGUCGGUGUAGCCAGCAGCGUAGACGCUUUGUUAUGGGGCGUCACCUUGAGGGUCGUAGAUCAUAACAAGUCGCCUACCCCUGUGUCUAGGCCGAAUCCAGCGAAGCUCGGGCUCGUUCGCGAAACGAGAAAUACGAAUAUUUCGAAGCAUGCGUUGACCGCGACCCUUUUCACCAGAAUCGCACUGUGUAAUCAAAUAUAUAGUCUAAAAGUACGAAGUGAAAUAUUAACUCGAACCGUACAACUAUGAAUAAAUAAUUCGGUAAUUCAUUAGUUAAUUAAUUGAUCAAUCUACUAAUUGUCGGGCGAUAAUAACAAUAAUGAUAAUAAUAUUGAUAAUAACGAAAACGAUACAAAAAAAAAAAAAACAA